AUGGGCUGCAGCUGCGUUAAAUCAGAUAUGGGCAGAACUUCCGGGUAUAUAGUUCCAGAAAAUCAAUUUUUAGAAAUAAAUAAAAAGAUUUUCAGUAAAGAAUCGACUGAUUUUCAUUAUCCUGGCACUAAUGAUAAAAGAUCAACAGCUUUUAAGCAAAGACAUCAAAAACCUAUCAUAGAUUUAAGGAGAAUGCUCUAUGCAAAUAGCGAGGCAAGCUCUGCAAUUGUUAAUGAUAAAGAAAAAACCAAAGAAGACAUCAAGCUGAUAUUAGAUGUCAUAAACAAGCAUUCUAUUCUGCAAAAUCUUGAUGAAGAUAGCCAAAUGGUCUUAUCCCUUUUUAGAAAAUAUUCUAACUCUACCCACCCUAUAUGAGCGAAUAAAAAAAUUUUGUUCGCUCACGAGGGGUAAUUUUUUUAAAAAAAUUAUAUAUAAAUUUUAUAAAAAUUUUAUAUAAUUUAAAAAAUCCAUUUUCGCAAAAUUGAAAAAUAUAAAAUGAGCUUAAUUUGCAAUAUUUAUGUUUUAAAAUGCAACUAUUUUAAACUGAAUAGAAUUAGCUAGAGAUUUUAUUAUACUAAUUAUCACUUAAAUAUCGAAGGAUUUUUUCAUAAAAAUUCUAUUUUAAAAAAAUUUUUGCUCGUACAGGUUUUUCACCCCCCGAAAAAUAGGGAUUUUCCAAUGGUUUUGCUCGCUAACUGAGGGUGGCAGUAAAUAUUUCAAUUUACCCAAAAAAUGAAUUUUUAUAAAAAUCUCCAUCAUCCGAGCUUUAAAUAAAAACUUAUCUAGGAGAAGGAAUUAGUCAAGAAUAUGAGAUUUUACGAAAUAGGGCCAAGAGAGUGCAUUUUUGAACAAGGACAGCCAGGGUUCUGCUUUUAUGUCCUUUCUUCUGGAAGGGUAGAACUACGUGUCGACAAUGAGCGCAAAGAUAUUUUAAAAUCAGGCUCUGGGUUCGGAGAAUUGGCGCUAUUAGACGACAGACCUAGGUCUGCUACUGUUCGCACAAUAGAGAGCUGUUGCUUGUGAGGAGUUUCUAGAGAAACCUUCAAAGACGCAGUUAAGAAAAUCAUGGCUUUGAACUAUGAAGAAAAUAAAAAUUUCAUAGAAAGUGUUCCUAUUUUUAAAACAUUUACAAACAGCCAAAAAGAUGCAUUACUCUCUUCUCUUGUAACUCAAAGAUUCUCAAUUGGCGAGCGCAUUGUAAAACAAGGUGACACUGGAGACUUAUUUUAUGAUUUAUAACUAUAAAUGUGAGGGGAAUUCUGAAAAAAAAAAGAAUUUUAAUUUUUUCUAAAGGCUGACUUGUAUAAUAUAUUAGGAAAAAGGAUACAUAAUCAAAGAUGGGCUUGUAUCUUGUACAGAAAAUGAUAGAGAAAUUAGGCAGAUGGGAAAAGGGGAGUAUUUUGGAGAGCUCGCACUGCUUAAUGAUUUUAAAAGAACAGCUACAAUUACAGCUGUAGGAGAUGUAAAAUUAGUGUCUAUUGGGCGAAAAGCCCUAAUUGAAGUCCUUGGCAAUAAUCUCGAACAAAUUUGGUACAGAAACGCCCUCAGAAUUUCUGUAGAAAAAAGUUCUGCUUUAAAAAUCCUUUCAAUAGACCAAAAAGAGCUGAUUUUUAACCUAAUGAAAGUUACCUCCUACAAAGCAGGCGAGCUUGUAAUACCAAGAGGAACUCCUAAAGGCCGAAACCUUUGGAUUACAACUAAAGGCCUUAUACGUGGCCCAUUAGGGACAAUAGAAGCUUAUUCCUGCAUCGGCGACGAAGAAUUACUAGCAGAUCCAUACGAAAAUUAUUCUGUUGAUUUUAUAUCAGAAAGUGACUUAAUUGUGGCGCAUAUCACCAAAGAAGAAAUAGAAAAAAGCAUGGAAGGGACUCUAAUAGAAAUCCAAGCAAUGAAUGAGAUUAUAGAGAUACUAAAAAGUGUCCAGCUGCUAAAAGAAUUAUCAAUAGAAAGAUUUAAACUACUAAUUAGUGUGCUUAGAGAAGUCCAUUAUACAGACAACCAAAUCAUUGUAGAACAAAACAGCUUGGGAGAUUCAUUUUUUAUUGUAAAAUCAGGAAAAGUUCACGUGCAAAAGGAUGGGGUUAAUAUUAGAAAUAUUACAAAGCACGAUUAUUUUGGGGAGAGAUCAGUACUUUUUAAUGAUUUUAAGAGAAGUGCAACAGUUGUGGCGAAUGGAGAAGUGGACUGCUGAAUAGUGGAAAAGAAAGAUUUUUUAAAUAUUAUUGAUGAAGGAAUCAAGGUCCAGCUAUUAAAAAGAAUUGAGCUGCAAGAUGAUAUUCAGAAAUGAUUAAAUUUAUUUUAUUAUAGUUUAUUUAAAUUGGGGAUAAUUUAUUGAUAUAUGGAUUAUGAUAACUUUUGAUGAAAUUUUGCCGAUAAAAACCCUUGGGAGAGGGAAUUUCGGCACAGUGUAUUUAACUGCACAUAAGCGCAAAAAAGCAUUUUAUGCUUUGAAAUCUGUUUUAAAAGCAAAAGUUUAUGGAUAUACAUUAAAAGGGACUGGCGAACAACCCAACUUCUUAGCUCCUAUAGCUAGCAUCUCAUAGGGCGCGCAGAGACCUUGAGGAAGUGAGGAUAGCGUUCGGAAAUGUGUAUCCUGCCGAUUUUUUUUGGUUUGGUGUAAUUUGAUGUCAGGUUGGCCGACCUCAUGCUUUUGCUCCAUUGCAAGGUUUUUGCUUCAAUGGGAUAUGGGUCUAAAGUUGGAAAGGGGUCUCCCAGCAAAGCUAAUGGCAUUUGUCUUGGCCAAUCGGGACUAUUCCCAGUGUAAAGCUAGGAGUUACGCCCUGGGCUACUAUUUCCAAUUUUGCCGAGACUUGACCAGAAAAUUCAAUCUUUUGAAUUUUCAAUAGUGGACAAUACUGCCGACAUACCACGGUAGCCAAACUCAUCCGACGACAGGAAACGAGUCCAGCCCUCAUCCAUCAGUAGCAGCCUUCGCGAUGCCGUGAAGCGCAAGCGAGCAAGCGGAGAAGCAUUAUGGGUGGAGGUAGUCCUUUUGGAAUACAGCGAACCUCCCUUAAGUCUUAAUAACUAACUAAAGCAAAAGUUUAUGAAUAUGAAACAUAUCAAAAUAUCUUAUUAGAAAGAAACAUUUUGCUACAAUUAGAUCAUAAUAUGAUCGUCAAGCUAGUAAAAACUUUUAAAGAUGACUCAAGAUUUUAUUUCCUUAUGGAAUAUGUGCAUGGGCAAGAUUUAUUUGACGUCUUAUUAGCAUUAAACAUUCUGAGCGAAAAUGAUGCCAAAUUUUAUGCUGGGUGCUUAGUAUGCAUUAUUAAAGUUAAACUUAAUUAAAAAAAUUAUUAAAAAAUCCCCGUAGCUCGGACUGGAUGUGAGCUGCGGUUGGCCUAAUCCGACAUUGCGCUUCACCACCAUGUAAAACCUACCCGGAUACACAUUACCGAACACCAUCCUACCAAGGUCCUUGGGUUACCCCAGUUACAGUAGUCAAGAGGGUUGCUCGCCAUGCCAUUUUAAUGAAUGGGCGCUUAGUAUGCAUUAUUAAUUAAAUUAAAGCACAUAGUGAGGUAAUUUUUUAUUUAAAAAAAUGAACUUGCUUUAAUACUAAUUAAUUAAAUAAAGAAUAUUAAUGCUUCAAUACCUCCAUGAACGAGACAUAAUCUAUCGUGACCUUAAGCCAGAAAAUGUUAUGAUAGAUGAAGAAGGAUACCCUAAACUAAUAGACUUUGGCGCAGCCAAAGUCCUUCAUGGCCGAUCUUAUACAACAGUAGGCACUCCUCAUUAUAUGGCUCCAGAAGUAUUUUUAGGUGCAGGUUACUCCAUGCAAGCUGACCUUUGAAGCUUAGGAGUCAUGAUCUACGAAUUUCUAUACGGAAAGCUCCCAUUCGGCGAAAAUCUUGACGAUCCCCAUGAAAUUUAUGAGAAAAUUCUCGAAUACAGACUUUGCUUCCCAAGAGAUCUUGACUCUGCUGCUUACUCGAAAAAUCUAAUCCAGCAGCUUUUGAACAAAAAUCCAGCUUUAAGAAUGGGAGGAGUUACCAGCAAGCUAAAAGAGCACAAAUGAUUUUUAGGUCUCCCAUGAGUAAUUUUUAUAUAGGAACGCAUAAUAACCAAGCAGCAAAGAGCUCCACAUAUCCCAAAGCUUCGGUCUUUGUCUUCAGAGUUGGCAAAUGCGAAAAAAAGGAAUAAAACAAUGCAGGAAUUUAUUGCAUUUGAAGAACAGAACGAAAAUUUCCCAAGAAGCCCAGAAAAUGAGCCUCCUGGAGGAUGGGAUAUGGAGUUUUAG